CACAAAACCUGACACCUACUUCUGUGCUCUAGCCACUUGGCCAUACUCCAUCAUUUAUCUUCCCCCUUUUUUCUUAUCCACUUCAUUCCUUCUUAUCUCCCACCAUCUAGAAGCAGUUCAGGAACUCACUACUGCUUAAGAAACCCAAGAAAGCAUACCAGCUGAGUGUACGUUGACACAGAAGGAAUAACUAGGAGUACAGUACUGAGAAAGAAGUAGAAAAGAAAAGAAAGGGCUUUACACCGUUAUGAUGCAUCAAUUUGAUUCCAGACUGAUUCAGUGCCUGACUUCAGCUUCAAAGAUAGUAAACAUUCCAUGCAAAAACUGCCUACUAGUUCAGAGUGGUUUUCCCGACUGAAAUUACAUGAACUAGCUGAAAUCAAACAUCCUCUUGACUGUUAAUGAGACAUGAGUAUAACAGCAAUGUGUGACAGUGGGCACCCUGAAGUAAUGGAAAUGGCAAUAGGCUACCCGAGAUCAUUUAAAACCAUUUCUGCGGAAGAACUGAAGAAGAGUUUAAAAGAAUUUCAUGUUUCAAAACAUGGGACAGGUGUUCAGUGAAAGAAAGGCUUGUCAAUGUCCUGUAUGGUAAAAGAAUGGAAGAUGUGGAGUUUGUGCACGCUUUGAUGUCAUUUAGCCAGAUUUUUGUUCCAGCAGUUACCAAGUGAAAUGGAAUGCACAGAAGCACCCACUCAAAAUAGUCUGAAUUUCUCAUCACCAUCAGGAAAGGGAAAGAGACUGAAGCAAGCCAAAGAAGAAGCCAUAGCAGAGAUAGACCACUAUAGGUUACAGAGGGAGAGGGAAUUCAGGCACAAACAAUCUAAUAUAAUGGGAUCCCAAGGUAACCUCUCCACUAAAAUAGAAGAGCAAACAACAGAAAAAAUCCGAGACGUCACUAAUAGCUUCCAGAAGUACAUGGAAAACGUAAUGAAACAACUUUUGAACAUGGUAUAUGACAUCAAGCCUGAAAUCCACUCAAACUACAGAGACGCGGUUUAAAUCCCAUUGAUGUGUGCAUGUAUCAAGAGAAGGCACACUGUUUUCCUAGUAACCCAAAUCAUCUUCUCCUUUAUGGGAUUGUCUGUAUGUGAAAGAGAAACACUAAGCCUAAAGCACACAGUCACACACAAAAAUUUUUAUGUGACAAAAUUCUACGAGGUUUCACAAGCAUUUGGUGGAAUGGUUUUGUUUUUCCUAUUGAUAGCUAUUACCCUGUCAUUUAAAUAGUAGAAAGCCGACAACAGCAGAAUAAGUGAUUAUUUGACACUGACAGCUUUUUAGUGGGUGUCUUUAUUUCUUUUCUUAUAUAAAAUGUUCUGUACUACUUGGUGUGUUGCAUGAAAUCGUUUG